AUGUUGUGCGGCGCACCUCUAAAAGUUGUAGAUCGCUUCAAGUAUCUGGGGCAUAUGCUCACAAAUGAGUUGAAUGAUGAUCUGGAUCUGGAAAGGGAGAGAAGAGCGACGGCAGUGAGAGGCAACAUGCUCGCCCGCAGGUUCGCACGGUGUAAUAAAUCAGUUAAAUUGACGCUCUUUAGAGCUUACUGUCAGAAUUUCUACACGUGCAGCCUGUGGGUGAAGUUUACACAACGAGCCUAUAACGCAUUGCGCGUUCAAUAUAAUAACAUCUUGAGGAUGCUGUUGCGGCUGCCGAAGCACUGUAGUGCGUCCGGCAUGUUCGCCGAGGCGCGAAUAGAUGACUUUUUCGCCAUUAGGCGGAAAAGAAUCGCCUCCAUGCUGAGGCGGGUGCGCGGCAGCAGCAACAGUCUUCUCAGGGUGUUGGCCGAGCGCCUCGACUGCCCGAUUACAAAGUUUUGGGUGGAGGUGGCAAUUGGGAGAGCUAAAUAG